UUUUUCUUGCUUGAUACGUUUGUUUUUACUUGUUGGAGGAAUGGCUCAUAUUCAUAAUCAUGACCUUUAAGCAUUAUCUUGUCUGUACAGUUUAGAUUUCUUUUAAUAUCCUGGCCUUUUCUCUCCUUGUUCUUGGAAUGUGAUAAUUCUUGGUCGGCUCUCUUCUUUUUCGUUCACCACAGAAGGAGCAGAAAUGUUUUACAGAGUUGAGUUUCUGAGCAUGCCUUAACUGCACAAACUGUAGUUGACAUUGGAGCGCGGCAAAUAGGAUCUGUUUGUUGAUAAGGAUCGUCUCGGAUAGUUAUAUGGCUGCCUGGGUUCAAAACUUGUCAAAGAAAAACUUUGAUGAAAGGUCCGUUCAUUCGGUAUCCCAUGUAUCUGCUGGUUUGCAACCAUGGUGGAACUCAAAUGAAAGAGAAAUUGCACUGUUUUUACCCCAAAACAUUAGCCUGAAGGAGGAAAGUCCCUUCAAACUUCAUAAAUCAAAGCAUCUAGAACCUCAAAUGCCAGACCAAGAUUCAAACUCAGCUCAAGUGAUUGGUCAAUCUUUUCCAGAAAUUGGUGUGACAAGAGGGUCUAAUUCUCCGUUCUAUUCAUCUGAAUCUGGUCAAGCUAAGAGUUGUGGGAAGGACGUAGAGGAUCAAAUGAAGCCGGUUUUCUUGAUUAACAAUCCGAACACCAUGUUCAGCCCUUCCAAUCCGAACAAUAACCAUUCAAUGGCUCCUGCUCAAAAUCCUUAUGCGGACGCAUACUUUGGUGGCCUAUUUACUCCAUAUGGGCAACCAGCUAUUAUUGAGGCCCAGACGGAAGGAGGAAGUGCACCAGCACGGAUUCUGCUACCACUUGAUCUUGCUGAAGAUGGCCCCGUUUAUGUCAAUGCAAAACAAUAUAACGGGAUUCUUAGAAGGAGGCGGUAUCGUGCAAAGCUCGAGGCACAAAACAAACUUAUCAAAUCUCGAAAGCCAUAUCUUCAUGAAUCUCGACAUCGCCAUGCAUUGAACAGGGUUCGGGGAUCCGGUGGACGUUUUCUUAGCAAGCAGAAGCUUCAACACCCUCCUGGCCCAACUUUCAACACAAGUUCCCUUUCUAUCUCCAAUGCCAGCUGCUCAGACCGAAUGAAAAGUGGAUCAGAACUUGAGAGCCAUUUGUGUGCGGCAGAUUGCAGCGGUUUGAGUACAAGCUGCUCAGACAUCUCAAGCGUCUCCAACAACAAUGGAAAUUUCCAGCGACCAAAACACGGAUUCAUGGACAUCUCUCCUGGCGUGAGCAGCAUGUGUAAUGGAAUCCAACACUAUGCUUCAGUUGUCCUGUGAGAAACCGGGCCAAUGAAGUCGGCAACUCAUCCUUGGCUUUUAUAUUAUCUAUUAUAUCAUCAUUUCAACUAAAUUUCAUGCAUGUUGUGUAACUGUAAGGUGUCUUAAGAACAUCUGUUUUAAGAUUCUGCUGAAAAGAGUUUGGCUUGGAAUUUUAGCAGUGAUACCUGACUUGGUUCUUAAUUGUUAUGGAUGUUGUUUAUGUCAACCGUG